UAAAUAAUGUUAAUUGGAUAACCGACUCCACAACCAUCCUCUCUUGCGGAGCCCCGUAAGGUUCGCAGCUUCGACGCUCUGAAGACCGAGCUCAGUGACGCAAUCCUAGUCGGCGAAGCCCUAUUUGACCGACGGCAAACCAGAGCCAAAGGCGAGCAUGGCGCAUAGGUUGCUUAGGGAUCUUGAGGCCGAUGGCUGGGAGCGCUCCGAUUUUCCCAUCAUCUGCGAGUCUUGCCUCGGUGACAACCCCUACGUUCGCAUGACGAAAGCUGACUUUGAUAAGGAGUGCAAGAUUUGUACACGGCCAUUUACAGUUUUUAGGUGGAGGCCUGGUCGUGAUGCGAGAUUUAAAAAAACUGAGAUUUGCCAGACAUGCAGUAAGUUGAAAAAUGUUUGCCAAGUUUGCCUUCUGGAUCUCGAAUAUGGUUUGCCAGUUCAGGUUCGAGACACUGCACUGUCCAUCAAUUCCAAUGAUGCCAUUCCCAAGAGUGAUGUGAAUAGAGAGUAUUUUGCUGAGGAGCACGACCGCAGGGCUAGGGCUGGUAUAGAUUAUGAAUCGUCAUUUGGAAAAGCUCGCGCAAAUGAUACCAUUCUGAAGCUUCAGAGAACAACACCGUAUUACAAAAGAAACAGAGCACAUGUCUGCAGUUUCUACAUUAGGGGAGAAUGCACAAGAGGUGCCGAGUGCCCUUACAGACAUGAGAUGCCCAUAACUGGGGAAUUGUCACAGCAGAAUAUUAAAGAUCGUUACUACGGAGUGAACGAUCCGGUUGCAAUGAAGCUACUCAACAAGGCAGGAGAGAUGCCUUCUUUGGAGCCUCCUGAUGAUGAGAGCAUUAAGACCCUCUACGUUGGUGGGCUUAAUGAAAGGGUCACUGAACAGGACCUGAGGGAUAACUUCUAUGCUCAUGGUGAAAUUGAAUCCAUAAGGAUGGUGCCCCUACGAGCUUGUGCUUUUGUAACCUACACAACAAGAGAGGGUGCAGAGAAGGCUGCGGAAGAGCUCUCUAACAAACUGGUCAUAAAGGGCCUGAGGCUGAAGCUGAUGUGGGGUAGACCUCAAGCACCAAAACCAGAUUCAGAAGGCUCAGAUGAAGCAAGGCAGCAGGCAGCAGUGGCUCAUAGUGGGAUGUUGCCUCGGGCAAUUAUAUCCCAGCAGCAGAGCCAAAUACAGCCGCAGGAUCAAAACCAACCGAUGCAUUACUUCAAUAUUCCACCUCCACCUCAGCAGGAGAGAGCCUAUUAUCCGUCAAUGGAUCCUCAAAGAAUGGGUGCCCUUAUUCCAUCCCAUGAGGGGGCUUCUAAUGGGCCCUCAGGGUCAGGUGAAAACAAAUCCGGUCCAGAGAAGCAGCAACAAGGCCAGCGUUAUGCCUUUCAAGGUAUGCCGCCACCACCGGGGCAGUAUCAUCAUCAGUUGUAUCCUCCUCCAUAUGGAUAUAUGCCGCCAAUGCCUUAUCAGCAGUACCCUCCACAGUAUCAUUCAGCAAUGCACCCUCCACAGCCUCCACCAACGAACCAGCAUUAUCAGCAUUCAGCACCAUCUGCUACUUACCCUGGGUCUGCACCACCAGGAUCCACAGCUCACUCUGGGUCUACACCAGCAGGGUCUGCACAGCCGGGGUCUAGACCAGCAGGGUCUACACCUCCUGAAUCUGGACCAUCAGGGUCCUCAACACCAGGGUCGUCGCAGCAGUAAAACUUCUUUUCUUGUAUUAUCUGUUUUUAGCUUUUGGUCAUAUGUAUUGCAGUUCUCAUGGACUCUAACCGGCUGGCAUCCUGGAUACAAAGAAUUUCUUUGCUUCUGCAUAUUGGUGAUUCCGGUAUUCAAGAGUUGUAUUCUAUAUCAAAGAAUUUGCGCAUUAUAACUA